GGUUAUUUUAGUCUUUGUCCAUCUCAGGAGGCUGUUUGAGUGGUUUGCUACCUGAUUAAAAUAAUGAUUAUCUUAAUUGAACCAAUUUGGCCUCGGUCUCCACCACGGCUGCUGAUAGGAAGGGGAGCUUUAAAAAAAAACAUCACUCACUGCUCUACCCUCAGAAUGCUUCCAUGUGUUGCUGAAUGGUAGAAAUUUGCUUUUUUUUGUCAUGUGGGUAGGAAAAAGCCCCUCGGGUGUGACAUGACAUCUCCAGUGGAUGUGGAGUUAACAUUGUUACAUCACACCAGAUGACAAAACCCAUUGUUGUUCAUGGCAUCUCAACACCCUGUCUGUUUCUCUGGGGAGAGAUGACUGGAUCUGCCCUCUGUGCCCUCUACUGAAGGCAUGGCCGAGCAACAGGGAAAGUAGAUCAUCAGAUGCAGUGGACCAUGGGAUUAGAUCCUGCAAGAGCACAGCUGCCUAAAACAUGUGCUGCCAUAAUGGCCAUCAGGAAAGGGCAUCUGGGACCGCAACACACAAACGACUGAUGAGGUCAUUUACAGGAAUGGAGAACUUGGAAAACAGAUCAAAUUGAUUCAUUUCUUGGUUCUGUCACUUUAAUCUCUGAAUAAGAUGUAUAUUAUUACAUUUAUUGUGGGUCUACUUAAUCGUGUGAAAACAGUUACGUUUACUUACUAAUAUAUAUACUGAUAUGUAUUGUAGGUAUACUGCGAUAACCUCACGCUCCUGUAAUGUAUAGAACUACAAAUAUUCUGUCCUCUUCUAAUGACAUCAGUCAUUACGUCAUAAAAUACGGACGCAAAUAUCAUAAACAUUGAACAUUUGUACAUUGUAUUGCAAAGUCCAUGGUUUGUGUUGUAGUGUAGCAGUUUACGCACGUGUUUUCAUUUGGAACUUGCAAUAAAGUUUCUUGUGACGUGAGAAUGUUACUAGCCUAUUGUUUCUUUAUUGCCCAUUGACGACAAUUUACCAUUUCCGUGUGCAAGUUCAUAUGAUCAAAGUGAGAAAUCGUGUCAAAGAUAAGUCUGACGUUGAGGCAACAUGGCACUGGUACUAAUGGAGGAAUUCGGUGAGGUACCGGGAGAAGGACGUGUACAGAAAUGGAUCCUGAAAUCGUCUAACAUCACAGUGGAAAUCAUAACACUAGGGUGCAUCAUAACAGCCAUCAAGUGUAAAGGCAAGAAUGGAGAGGUCAAUGACAUCGUUCUGGGUUAUGAUGAUCUUGAGGGCUAUCUGGCCAACCCCAAGUACUUUGGUGCUGUUAUCGGCCGGGUAGCCAAUAGGAUCGCCAAGGGCAGAUUUGUGGUCGACGGGAAGGAUUAUCAACUGGCCAUCAAUAAUGGACCUAACUCCCUCCAUGGAGGACUGAGGGGCUUCAGCAAGGUGAUAUGGGGAAGUGAGGGUGUGGAGGGCGGGGUGCGGCUCACCCUCACCAGCCCAGACGGAGACCAGAAUUACCCCGGGGAGGUGCAGGCCUCUGUCACUUACACCCUGGAGGGGGACACACUGAGCAUCCAGUACCAGGCCCGCUCCACUAGAACCACCCCCAUUAACCUCACCAACCACUCUUACUUCAACCUGGCUGGACAGGGCUCAGCUGACAUAUACGACCAUGAAGUGUCCAUCAACGCUCCAACAUAUUUGCCUGUAGAUGACGUCAUGAUCCCCACUGGCGAGGUCAGACCAGUGGAGCACACACCCUUUGACCUUCGGAGGCCAGUUCUGAUUGGCCCACGGCUGAAAGAAGUGCCUGGGCCUGGGUUCGACCACAACUUCUGCCUGUCAUCACCAGGAGAUGCUUGGACAGAGCGCAUGUGUGCAAGGGUAUUUCACCCAGCGAGUGGGUGUGUUAUGGAGGUCAGCACCACUCAGCCCGGCGUCCAGUUCUACACAGCCAAUUUCUUGGAUGGCUCUUUUAAAGGAAAGGGUGGGGCCUCUUAUCCUAAACACAGUGCCUUCUGCCUGGAGACACAGAACUGGCCUGACGCUGUCAACCAGAUACUUCUCCAGUUCCUUAAACCUGACCGUGUCCAUGUGAUGGGAAACACCAUGUGUGCGGGUGUACGUUUGUUUGUGUCCCACAGGGCGCACACUGGUUGAACCAACGUGGAAUACAUGUUGAAUUGAGGCCUCUUUCCCCGAUGCUCUGCUGAGACCAGGGGAGCAGUACCGCCACGUCACCCGCUUCACCUUCUCCACCGCCUGACGGAGAGGAGGGGGGUGGGGAAUCAGGGGUCAGCAUCAAGCAGGGAGCGACCAAUCAGAAUCUCAGCCACUGAUCAGAGCUGAUCCUUUGCUGAUGAAAGGAUGGAGAAACACGGAACAGGAGUUGUUUACACUCAAAUCAGAAGGUUGAUUUUGUAGUAUUCAAGAACCAAUCUGAGAUGGACAGGUAAUGAUUUUGAAAUUAAAAUGAUGAUGAUGAUGACAUGAUUAGAGGUGAUGAGUUCAUGAAGACGCACAGGUACAUUAGCAAUUUGACUCUCAAUAUCCUCCACAUUGCUUUGUUCCCCUCUUUACAGCUGGACUUUUACUGCAUUAAACAUUGUAAUAUCCACUACCAUUUGAAGUUGGCUUUGGGCCCUGUUCAAAUUAGGCUUUAAACUUACAUAAAUAGUACAGUUCAUGCAUAAGUAUAUUAGUUUCCACUUUCCUUUGUUGUUGGGUAGACAGGGUCUCUUUUGCUCCAUUACUCUUACAAUAUUUUGUGGCCCAAAAUAUUGUCACCCUUGGACUUUUUCUCCCUAUUUCUUAUCAAAUAAUUUUACAUUUAGAAUAACUUUUGAUAACUGCCAAUAAAUGCUUAUUGUAGCCAUCAAUGAGCUUGCUGCACCUUUCUACUGGCAAUUUGGCCCGAUCUUCAGCAGAAAACUGUUCUAAUUCUUCAAUGUUUGAGGGAUGCCCUCCACCAACUGCUGUUUUCAGCUCUCGCCAUAGGUUAUGGAUGUGAUUCAGACCUCAUCUCUUCGCUGGCCACUCUAGAAGAGUCCAGUGUUUCUUCUUAAACCAUUCCACGGUGUUGUUGAUGUGUGUUUAGGGCCGUUGUCCUUCUGGAAGACCCACAACCUUCAACAAAGUAUGUUUUUGGACCCUGGGUUGAACAUUGGUAGUCUGCUGAUUUUAUGAUACUGUGUCUUGCACACAUUCGAGGCCCCCAGUACCAGAGACAGCAAAGCAACCCCACAGCACUAUCAAACCUCCCCAUGUUUGAUUGUAGGGAGGGUGUUCUUUUCUUUGUAAGCUUCAUUUGGUCAUAGGUAAAAAUCAUAAGACUAAACUGCUGAAGGAGACUCAAGAUAGCUUGAUUGAAUUUCUCAAAAACCCAUCUCAACAAGCCUUAAUCCUGUGGAAAAUGUUCUGUGGACAAAUGAAACAAAAUUAAAGCUCUUUGGCAGUACAGAUCAGUGCUGUGUUUAUUGACGACCAAAUUAAGCAUUCAAUGAAAAGAGCACAAUUAAAGAUGAGGGUGGUUUGAUAAUGCUGUAGGUUUGCUUUGCUGCCUCUGAUACUGGGGGCCUUGAAAGUGCGCAUGGCAUCAUGAAAUCAGCAGAUUAUCAGGUGUUUGAGUCCAAUGUUCAACCCAGCGUCCAAAAACUGAAGAUCGGGCCAAAUUGCCAGUAGAAAGGUGCAACAAGCUCAUUGAUGGCUACAAUAAGCAUUUGUUGGCAGUUAUCUUGGCCAAAGGCGGUGCAACCAAGUACUGGCUCCAGGGUGCCAAUAAUUUUGUCCAUGCCAUUUGUCUUUAUUUUCUAAAUGAAUUUGAAACUUAAGUUAGCAAAAAUAAAUUUGGUUUUGCAAUGUUGAAAAUCCAA